UGUGGAUCUAACAUGGAUCUACUACUGGGGCAAAGUUUGCGGCAUUCUACGAUGGAGAUGAAGACAUCAACAAUUAAAUUUGAUGAACAAAGCUACCAGAUGCCAGCAGACCAGCAGCUCAUCAGGAGAGUUUUGUAUGUUGGAGAAGGCAUUCAACAACAAUCUUCAGACACUCUUUUACUACAACAUCUCUUCACCCAACCCAGCAAAGGACUUUCACUCUCUGCUGAACAGCCUGCAGACAAAGAUCAUUGAUGCGAUAGGUCAGGAGUUCUAGACACACAGGCCAAUCAAGGUCAACCUGGUGUUGGAGGCUACAUAUCAAUGUGGUCACCUUGAUAAGAAGAACAUUGAGCAGAAGGAAUUUCAUAAUGUGGCCUUCAAGACUCCAACCUAUUCCAUAUUCAAUCUCAACGAUCUUGCUGUAAUUAUCAGGGAGGCGUGCAAGAAGCUGUUGGAAGAAGAGGCCAAGUUGGAUGGCAACUCUAGUGGAUGGAGCCUUCUCAUCAUUGACGGUCUCCUCAUACACAUAAGCAGACACAAACCACUUUAAGGAUCUUCCUACAUUGAACUGCCAGCCAAAAUUGCAGCAAGAAAAGCCAUUAUCAUUCUGAAGAAUAGUGAUCAACAAUGUUUCAAGUGGGCAAUCCUCGCCAAACAUGUGCAAGGAGCACAUCCUGAACGAAUCAAUGAGAGAUAUCAUCGGCUGACUGAAAAAUACAAUUUCAACGGAAUCUCUUUCCCCACCACCAUCAAUCAAAUCGACCAUUUUGAGAGGGAUAAUCCAAGUGUAACUGUCAAUAUAUAUGGAAUGGAUUCCAAAUGUAUUAUCUAUCCAAGACAUGUUGUGAAAGAAAUGAAGGAGGAUCACAAGGAGUACUGUUCCAACAACCAGACUGCUAGGAUCAUCAUGCCUCAACUCAAUGAAGAUGGAAGCCCACCAACAAUGAAAUUCAAGAAACAUUUGAAUAAAUUCAGACUACCAUUGGUGGCCUAUGCAGAUUUUGAAUAUGAACUGGAGAAGCCCGAGGAAGAGCAGCAAUGGAUUGGGAAGGCAAGCAAAGUGAUCCAGCGUCACACUGCAAUGAACUACUGCCUCUACUUUGUUAGAGAUGAGAACCUAUUACCAUCAUGGUUGACAAUGACCAACCUCAUCCCUCAGGAACCAAUUGUCUAUAGAGGACCUGAUGCAGCCGAACACUUCAUCAAAACUCUGACCAUGCAUGCGAGAGAUAUGGAUGAGGCAAUCAAUCAUCAUCAAAUAAAGAUGCUUCCACUUUUUGAGAGGAAGAAAGCCAGACAGAAUGCUGCCACCAACUGUGAAGCCUGCAAGAAACCAUUCAAUGGUGAGAAGGUGUAUGACCAUUGUCAUAUAACAGGAGUCUACCAGAACGCUCUGUGCAACAAGUGCAAUCUUCAAAGAUGUCAUACAUCAUUCAUCCCUGUUUUUCUUCACAACUCUUUCAAUUACAACACUCACUUGAUCAUACCACACCUUGGAACCAAUAGAAAGCAGCUGUCUGUCAUCCCAAAUACAUCAGAAAAGUACAUUUCAUUCACCAAACAAAUUUCAAAACAACUACACCUACAAUUCAUUGAUACCUUCAGAGUGACACCACCUAGACAACCUAGCAUCAGAGGCGGAAUAACAACAUGUGUUCAUCGAUAUGCCGUUGCCAACAAUGCCUACACAGGAGUGCCUGUGGACCCCGAGAAGCCCACAUCAUAUCUCCUGUACACAGAUGCAAACAACCUGUAUGGCUGGGUGAUGUGUCAACCACUCCCAUGCCGGAAAUGCCAGAGGAUGGAGAAAGAUGAGUUGGAGGGGGUGAGCAGAGGUAUUGAUGGUGUUGGAGAUGUUAAAAAGAUUGGCUACAUCUUGGAGGUGGACGUUGAGUACCCUGCUGAGCUACACGACUCCCACAACGAUUUUUCAUUCCUAGCUGAGAACAAAAAAACACCAAAAUCAGGAUCAUUGAGAUUGAUGACAACUCUAAACAACUGUGAACAAUAUGUAUGUCAUUACCACACCCUCAAGCAAGCAGUAGAACAUGGAUUGAAAAUCACUAAAGUUCAUUGA